AUGAAAGAACAGGGUGGCGAUGCCAUCGAUCCUCCUCUGUGCAUAUCGGACUCCAAUCGACUGUUUAGCUUAGAGUCCCUUAAGGCAGUCUGGCACGGACAUAAACUGGACUACCUGAAAGCGGCGCAUCUCGGACAUCCAGCUCCCAACACAGAAGUUGUCCAGCUGGCAGACCAGCGGCGCUGCCGGAUUCUCGACCACGCGAAGGACAAGAGACCGCUCAUCCUCAACUUUGGCAGUUGGGUCGUGCAGCAGAACGCGGACAUAGCCGACUCCGUGGUUGUGUACAUCGAGGAAGCGCAUCCCUCCGACGGCUGGAAGAGCACCGACGCGCCGUAUCAGAUCCCAAAACACAGGCGCCUGGAGGACAGGUUGCAGGCUGCGCAGCUGAUGCGCAUGGAGGUACCCGGCUGCGCCGUGGUGGUGGACAGCAUGGAGAACUCCACCAACGCCGCCUACGGAGCCUAUUUUGACAGACUUUACAUUCUGCAGGAGGGAAAGGUAGUUUACCAAGGGGACAGAGGACCUGAGGGCUAUCGGAUCUCAGAGCUCAGAGACUGGCUUGACCAAUACAGAAAAAGUCUGGAGGGGGGAUCCAAUAAUCUGGUUAUUGAUGUGUAG